ACGUGUUGUAGAAAACACUGGGUUUCAUAAUUGAGGCCCAGUUGUUGCUCUAGAUAUAACAGAUGUAAGUCUGCUGUGUUCAAGAAUUAUUUCUUCCCAAGUAGCUGUAAUGAAGGGAGCAGACUCUCUAAUGAUAUUCCAAGAGUGAAGAGCUGGACAGGGGUGAGAGGCAGUAGGGCCGUUUAGCUGCUACUCAGAUGGACAAGAGAGCUUACUGUCCUUCUGUGAAGUGUGGGGUAAUUGAAGGAGAGUAUCACAGAUAUUGUGUAGCGGCUCACCUCAUCUGCAUUUUGUAAUGCGAAUAUCAAGGUGCACGAGCAGGGGUUGGACGACCUCAGGUACCAGGAAGGCCCAGCUCCAGCAAGCUCCACCUCCUGACAGUAGCCCAGACACAACUCUCCUGUCCUGGAAAGGGUGAAUUCAACACCAGCUGUUGUGUUUUACCCCAUGGUUGCCUUGUGCUGUGCUGUAAACAAAUACAGGCCUUGCUAUAAGUCUUAAAGGAGAGGCAGUUUAUUGAAAUUCAAAAAUAUAUUAAAUAACCAGAUAUCCAGGUUUAAUCUUAUCGACAGCUGCUAAGUUACCAUCUGAUGGCACUGGUUGCUUGAGUCCUAUCACUUAGCUGAACUUUAAAGAUGGUGUGGAACUUUAGUCCUGACUUGAAUAAACAUUUCUGUUCAAAAACUUAAUAAAGUCCAGAGUUUUCUCUCUGUGCUUUUGCCUGCUUUGCAGCUCUUGUGUGAAACUAAUAAAUGAAAUUGAAAUGGGUUUUUCUGUGUGGCUCUGGGCUAUAAGACUCAUCAGACCUGAUGGUAUAUAGGAAUGUCUUGAAAUAAUAACUCAUAUUUUUAGAGAAAGUGGAGGAAUGUACAUGACUGACACAGAUGGCCUUCCUUUGUAUCAUCUUCAAAGAAGCUCUUCUUUAUUAUUUUUCUUGUGGCCAAAUAAGAGGUAAAACUUAAUCUAGAGAAAUCCUAGUCUCCCAAUCAUUUUUAUAAACUCAUAGUUGUUGGUUUGGGUUUUUUCCUCUGGUCACAGUCUGCUUACUGUAUUUGCUGAACUUAGGGAAACUGGUGAACGCUCUUUAGCUUGCAUGGAGUGGGUAUGUAUGAGAAGAGUGGAUUUUCCAGCUGAAGCAUGCUUGACAUUCAUUACAGCCUUCUUUUUCCCCCCUUUUUUUUAAAGCCUCUCAGAUCUAAGUUUCCAAAUGUAUUCUCCUUGCAGUGUUGCAGGAGCACAGACUGCCUCUUGAGUUUCCUGUGGUUGCGUUUCCCUUGUUUUGGUGUGGCAGCUCCAAUCUCAGUCACUCCUCCUUUCUCCUGUGAAAAAUACAUAUGUUUGGUGGUACAUGAUCGCCCUGUGUUUGAUACACUCUUAUUCUGUAUAAUACUUGUAUAAUUCUGUUGUGUGUUGAACUUGUGACAAGUGACUAAUAAAGAAUUUUGGACAGCAGUCACUUCUGUGCAUUGAUAGUGCCACAUUAGUGAGAGAGCUAAGGAAUUUUAUUUCAAAGGUGUCUGUAAUGCUCAGUGAAAAGGAUGUUAGUAGUUUCAUGGGUUUAAGACAUUACCUACUUUUCUGAGUGGUGUUUGCUGAAAAACUGUUGCCUUCUGGCAAAAGUUACAACAGUAUAUAUUUUCAUUCAAUCCUGCUGAAGGGAAAAGAGGGAGACCAGAUGGAUGAAGAUAAUAUCCUGAAUCCCAUUCAGUUAUUAAGGCAGCUAUGUAAAGUCCUGCCACAGUCGCACUAAAGGAUUCAGCUUUUAUGGAUCUGUCUUACCCUGACAGCUCCCACACACCAGCAUCUCACCUGCAGCUUGGUUGCAGACAUAGAUUCUAGUGAAGGCAAGGCAAGGCUAAUCAUAGUCAUGGCAAUGGUUUUGGGAAAUAACAUUUAUCGUUUGUGUUACAACCUACUUGGGAGAGUACUGUGUUCAGUAAAUAGGUGAUACACAUUAAGGCUCUUCUCAGGAGGUUUUCAUCUUUCCCUGGCACAUCAAGAAAAUGCAGGACUUACUUUAGCCUUGGAUCUUACUAUCUGUAAUUAAAUGCUUAAAUCUGUAGUGUAUCUGCCUAAACAGGUGACUAAAUUGAUUCCAUCUGAAGUAUUUAAAGCCACUGAGCCGAGAGGAGGACUUCAUUAUGUAUCUCUUCCCUGACACAGACCACAUGGAUAUUAAUGUUUUCUUUUUUCAUUUGCUUUUCAAAGGAGGAUCUCCAAGCUUUCAGAAUGUAAACAUCCCAGAGAUAGAGAACUGAGCCUUCAACUCCAGCUUUUAUCUGAAUGUCCAACAUCAGCAGCUCUAUAGAUGUAAUCAGACUGGGAAAUGAGACUGUUUUUCUGAUUUUGACUGUAGAUUUCUUUAGACUGUGUGGUGCCCAAGCCUUAAAUAUGCAGUUUUUGGGGAACCAGAGCAGGGGAAUGAUCAGGGAAGUUUUGCUCUUUCUUUUAUCUGCAUAUACAUAGCUCAGUUCCUGCUCUCUUUAGGGAGAGAGCAGGACACAUUUAGACACAUUUUGACCAUGUUUAACAUUAGGAAGCUAAAUGUCCACGUGCUGCUGAUGCAGAAGGGAGACCAAGGGCACCUUAAGUACCUGGAGUCCCACAAGUGCAGGAAAUUGUUUGGUAUAUCUAGAUGAUUCUUGUAAGUUUACUGUGUUGCAGAAAGUGGUGUUGGUUCCUUUCAGAUACUCCAGUUUGAUGUGAAGAAGAUCCAUCCUAAUCCCACAGAUGGAGACUGGAUAUUUCCAUCUGCCCCAUGGGGAUUACUUCAUUGAGCCCAUUAAAGAGCAUCCACAGAAGAAGGGAGCACCCCAUCCCCAUAUUAUCUAUGGUGCAAAUAACCUUCAAAAUGCUUUAAGGAGAAGACGGGCCAUCCCGAUGGAAAAGGAACGAGCAUGUGGACUGAAUGAUACCUAUAGCUUUUUCAAACAGCAGCAGCAUCGGAGGGAGAGAUGGGAACAAAAUCACCCAGCUGCCAGGAAGGUUUCUCGGCGCUCUGUCAGCAAGGAGCGAUGGGUGGAGACACUUGUGGUGGCAGACAGCAAAAUGGUUGAAUAUCAUGGAAGUGACCAUGUGGAGUCAUAUAUCCUCACUAUAAUGAAUAUGGUCACAGGGUUGUUCCAUGAUCCAAGCAUUGGCAAUGCAAUUCACAUUGUGCUGGUCCGGCUCAUCCUCUUUGAGGAGGUGGAGCAAGGCUUGAAGAUAGUGCACCAUGCUGAUAAGACAUUAGCCAGCUUCUGCAAGUGGCAGAAGAGUGUCAAUCCCAAGAGUGAUGUCAACCCCACCCACCAUGAUGUGGCUGUCCUUCUUACCAGAAAGGACAUUUGUGCUGGCAUGAACCGUCCCUGUGAAACCUUAGGCUUGUCUCACCUGUCAGGCAUGUGUCAGCCUCACAGGAGCUGCAACAUCAAUGAGGACUCUGGCCUCCCCUUGGCUUUCACUAUUGCUCAUGAACUUGGACACAGUUUUGGAAUCCAGCAUGAUGGAAAGGAGAACGACUGUGAGCCUGCUGGAAAGCGCCCGUAUAUUAUGUCUCGACAGUUGCAGUAUGAUCCUACUCCCCUCACCUGGUCCCAGUGCAGCAAGGAGUACAUCACACGGUUCCUAGAUCGUGGGUGGGGAUUCUGUCUGGAUGACAUCCCCCAAAAAGAAGUUCCAAAGUCCCCAAUCAUUGCUCCUGGAGUGAUUUAUGAUGUGCACCACCAAUGCCAGCUUCAGUAUGGUUCCAAUGCUACGUUCUGUGAAGAUGUGGAUAACCUUUGCCAGACCCUCUGGUGCUCAGUGAAAGGCUCCUGCCGCUCCAAACUGGAUGCAGCUGCGGAUGGCACUCGGUGUGGAGAAAACAAGUGGUGCUUCUCUGGUGAGUGCAUUACAGUGGGGAAGACUCCUGAAGCAAUCCACGGCGAGUGGGGCGUUUGGUCGUCCUGGUCCCAUUGCACAAGGACAUGUGGGGCAGGAGUUCAAAGCGCAGAGAGGCUGUGUGAUAAUCCAGAACCCCAGUUUGGAGGAGACUACUGCACUGGAGAGAGGAAACGCUAUCGCAUGUGUAACAUCAGCCCCUGUCACAAAGAGUUGCCAACCUUCCGUCAGAUGCAGUGCAGUGAAUUUGAUACAGUUCCUUACCAGAAUGAAUUCUACCACUGGGUUCCUGUUUAUAACACAGCAAACCCCUGUGAGCUCCACUGCCGCCCAGUAGAUGGCCAUUUUUCAGAGAAGAUGCUUGAUGCAGUCACUGAUGGCACUCCUUGCUUUGAAGGAAGGCACAGCCGAGAUAUCUGUAUUAAUGGCAUGUGUAAGGCUGUUGGCUGUGAUUAUGAGAUAAAUUCCAACGCAACAGAAGACCAGUGUGGAGUGUGCCUGGGAGAUGGCUCUGCUUGUCAUACAGUGAAGAUGAUGUUUAAUCAAAGUGAAGGAUUUGGAUAUGUUGAUAUUGGCCUAAUUCCAAAAGGUGCAAGGGGAAUCAAAGUCAUGGAAGUUACAGAAUCAGGAAAUUUCCUUGCUGUGCGAAGCAAAGACCCAGAAAAAUACUACCUGAAUGGAGGCUUUAUCAUCCAGUGGAAUGGUGAAUACAAAGUGGCAGGCACAAUAUUUCAGUAUGACAGAACAGGGGAUCUAGAAAAUCUGACUGCUCCAGGACCCACCAAUGAAUCAAUAUGGAUUCAGCUGCUUUUUCAAGAAACUAACCCUGGAAUUGAGUAUGAAUACACUGUACGCAAAGAAGAAAGUAAUGAGAAUGAGAUUGGAGAGCCAGAAUAUUUUUGGCAAUAUGGAGAGUGGACAGCCUGCAGUGUUACCUGUGGAAGAGGGCUGCGGCGGCAGAUCUCACACUGCGUGCGGAGGGGAAGCGGACCCGUCAAAAGCUCCUUCUGUGACCCAGCAACGCAGCCGAAUGGGCGGCAGAAGAAGUGCCAUGAGCAGGACUGCCCGCCCAGGUGGUGGGCAGGGGAGUGGCAGAAAUGUUCAACCACAUGUGGCCCAACAGGCCAGAAGAAGAGAACUGUACUUUGCAUCCAGACAGUGGGAUCUGAUGAGCAAGCACUGGAUGUCAUGGAGUGCCAGCACCUGCUUAAACCAAAGACCCAUCUGUCAUGCAACAGGGAUAUCUUGUGCCCAUCUGACUGGACAGUGAGCAACUGGACUGAGUGCACAGUCACUUGUGGUGGUGGAAUAAGGACUCGUAAUGUCACUUGUGCCAAAAAUAAUGAUGAGCCGUGUGAUAGUUCCAAGAGACCAAACUCUAAGGCCCUGUGUGGUCUUCAGCAAUGCCCUUCUGCUGGAAGAUUUCUGAUUCCCCCACAGGCACCCAGAAGGGGGAAGAUCAUAAUCAGAAAAACAACUGCCAACCCUAAACGGAGUCUUCCUCCCAGAAUACCUGGACCAAACCCCAGGUUCCAUGCAACAACAAAAAUACCCAAGCAUGAAAGUGCAACUCCCUGUUUGCCUACGUCCUCUGGUUUGGUCAAUGUCUCAGGAAAAGAGGGAGCAGCUAACAGGACAUUACAAAGCAAUUUUACUGAAUCAAGUGAUGUUUACAAUUACCCAGUUGUUUCUACUGAAAAUAGCUCAUAUCAAAAUAGUACUUCAUGGCCUUAUCAUCAUAACAGCUUAAGUACUGAAAUUAUAAGGCAUGCUGAAAAUACUUCUAAAAGUGAGCCAGUUUCUACUGCAGAGAGUGAGAUGCAAAGAAGUGAGGAUGCUCCUGUUUCCUCUUUUACCAGUAAUCCAGAAAUAACUUCCAGCUAUGAUUACUUAACUGAGGAAUCUGACAACACUGAUGGGCCGCUUGGAGUCAGCAAGAAAGCAGCUGAUCUCUUUUACAGCACUGAACUCAAUCCUGAAAUCAGGACCAGAAGCACAGCCUUGGACACUGCCUCUCCUGUCACUCAGACCCCACCAGCAUCUCAUCACCGAGACCUUUCUGUGCUCAGUCCUGUUGGCAGAGCUGCACCAGGGCUGGCAUUUCCAACAGCAGCAAAUGAUGUCAGUCUGCAAGUUGAUGUGCCUGUUGUAGAGGUAACAACGCCACAAGCACUGGUUACAGAAAUGCCCGCAGAGCUUGGUCGUGCACCAAGAGACCAGACUGACAGCAGAGAAGAAAUAAAGCUGCCUGACACCAUAACCUCUAGCACACAAUCCUCAGCUCCCAAGCAUGCUCUGAGCAGCCAAAGUGCAGCAUCUGAGAGUGUUUUAAUGAAUGUCACAGACAACAGUCAUGUGAUAACAUCCAACAGUUUGCCCAGUGAUGCCUACUGGAUAGUAGGCAAUUGGAGUGAGUGCUCUACGACCUGUGGAAUGGGGGCUUUCUGGAGACAUGUGGAGUGCAGCAGCAGGAACACAUCUGACUGUCAGAACAUGAAAAAGCCUGACCCUGCAAGGAGAUGUUAUCUCCGCCCAUGUGCUAGCUGGAAAACAGGAAAUUGGAGCAAGUGCUCUGUGAACUGCAGCGGAGGCUUCAAGACCCGAGACGUUCACUGCAUUGAUGUUGGGGAAAAGCGGCUGCUCAGGCCUUUCCAUUGCCAGUUACAUGGCUAUAAACCACAGCUCAGCACUAGUUGUAACACAGAACCUUGCUUGCAAUGGCAUGUGGAGCCCUGGAGUGAGUGUUCGAGGACGUGUGGUGGUGGCCAGCAGGAGCGGCGCAUCUCCUGCCCGCGGGAAGGGCGCUGUGACUGGGCCAAGAGACCUGAUGCCACUGCAUCGUGUAACAGGCAGCCUUGCACUCAGUGGACACACCAGGCCUGGAGCCCGUGUGCUGUUUCUUGUGGAGGGGGCAUUCAGCAGAGAACUGUGAAAUGCAUGAAUACAGAAACUAAUGAAACUGAAGAUGACAGUAUGUGUGUGGAUAAAGCCAAGCCCACAAAAUACCAGAAAUGCAAUCUGCAAGAGUGCAGGAAAAAUACAGGGCUGCCCUGCAGCAAAGACCAGCUGUCUGUUCACUUCUGCCAGAGGCUGAAAGGCAUUGGCAAGUGCUUGCUGCCAUCAAUACAGACUCAGUGCUGCUUCACGUGUAGUCAGCCCCGAAUUCGGAACAAAGCAAGACAUGGGGAUCAGCGAGGCUUCAAACAACAAAAUUACACUAAAUCUAGAAGAAAACCACCUCAAAACUAAGAAAACAACAACCAAGCAGCUUGGCACUAGCUGGUUUUUUUUCUUGUUUCCUUGAAUAGAGCUUCUGUUUACAAGUUUUACGUUCCUUAUUUUUUUCUGAAAAUUUUCCAUUCAGCAUAAAUGGAAAUCUGUGAUCAAAACUGGGAAAGCACAUCACCUAGGGUUAUCAGUCGUAAUUUACUGCUUCCAUUUUCUCUUCGUAAUAGUCCAAAAUUUGUAAUGUAAUUUUCAGUGUACCAGCAGCUAGUAAUACUUAGGCAUGCAUAGGCACUAGAGACAGGCUUGCAAGAAUUUUCUGAUUUUUUGUAAUGAAUACUUAACUUGUUCUUCCAUCUCUUUUCCAAAACCCACUUGAAACACCAGCACUGCCUACUCAAGGGUGCUUAGUGAAGGUGGCCCUUGGGGCAACAGAUGCAUACCUGUGCCAUGAGUCAGUUCUCUUUAUGCUCUCCUGCCUUUCUUUUUUACGAGUCAAGGUGAAGUGGCAGUGUUUCUCUGAAUUCAUUGCUCGCUUAAUAAACUUAAAAGCAGAGUUUUGUAAUAUCUGAUUAUGAUAGGCAGGAUGAAUUGAGAAUUGUUUUUUUCAGGAGAAGAAAAAUCCUUGCUUAGUACUUGACUGAGCCUGUAAAGGAUACCUCAGCCAUAGCCUGUUCUUGACAGUUUUCUUCAGCUACAAAUGUCUUCCUGUAACCUGAAAAGCCCAUGAAAUGUGGGAUUUUAAGUUCCCAAAUAUGUUUUAAGCAGCAUUUCUUGGUACUACAAAAGCCAAGACGUUUGCAUCUACCACGUUAACAGUCAUAGACUCAUUUAGGUUGAAAAAGACCUUUAAGAUCAAUAAUUCCAACCUCUAGCCCAGCGCUGCCAAGUUCGCCACUAAACCACGUCCCUAAGUGCCAUACCUACAUGUCUUUUUUACACAUUUAGGGGAGAAACCAGCAAUAUCUUUUAGACAGUUUUAUACAUUCCAUCUGAUAGAACAGAUGAACAAUUACAGUAUAAAGAAAAAUUUGUUUUUUCAGAUCUUUAGCUAGACAGGCAGCAACAUUCUUAUGUAUCAUCUGUAGUUACUCUCCAUUUAAAAUUAACUAUCCAAGGCCAUUUGAAAUUAGAUAAGGCAACCAGCUCAAGACUAUUGCCAGUCUCUAUAGCUGCAGGUAUUCAGACACAAAUGACACAUGUCAGCAGGACAUAAAAAGCUGUCAGGAAAUUGAUGGAGCAUAAAGGUUGUACCAGCUUGUUCUGCAGCAAAAAUUUAACCUCACAAUUUACCCUUUGGAAAGGGUGGUGUUCUCUCUCUCUUGACUUCUCACUUCCACCAGUUUUAUGUUAGUGGUCAGCUCCAUUUAGUUCAAGAGUGUUACAGCUGCUGAACAGAGCAACCAGGAACCUUCACUGUAAUGGUUUCCUCUCAUUACAGUAUGAAGAGUAAAGGAGUCAUAGAGUGAGAAAGCAAAAGACUUCUAAGCUGAUGUAGGUAAGGACAAUUGGAAGUUGAGUCUUCUGCAUUUCAAAACUGAAAUCUUUCUGUUCUUUGACAAAUGAAAAAGAAAGGAAAGAGCUGGCCCAGCUAAACCGUUAACUGGCCCAGUUAACUUAUGUGAUGGAAUUCAGCUUUACAGACUUAUACCUUUCCUGCACCUUCAAAUGUGGCAUGCAGGCAUUUCAGCUGGAAAUUAGCCAUACUACAUUUUGAAAUCAAUUUUACACCAUCAGCAUAAAGGCCAGCUAGCAACUGGAAACUCUGUAGUUCACACAGAUGUUCAGUGAUAGAGCUGUCAUUUCAUCCAGUAUCUCCCGGUAGAGCAUAAGCCCAUAUUCACAAGAGCAUUCUACCACCUCACUCACAGCAGACUUUUCCCACAGUGUAAAUCCAUAAUCAUAAUGGAACUGAGGGCUGCUGGGACAGCUAUAUGAGGCCCAGGGUAGUAUCUGCAUACCUCAGGCCUCAGGCAUGAGGGCACCUCUAGUCAAGUUUUGCUGGUGGAGAAAAUGCCAAAACAAACUUCAGGGAGCCAAGACCAGACCUUUUGAACAAAGCUGGGCAUUUUGAAAAGAGCUGGACAAGAGCAGACUUUUAGAUGUCUUUGGAAUUCAGUAGGAUUUAGACACCUUGGUUCUUUUGGCUUUUUUGAAAAAUCUCAGAUUUGCACCCUGCUUACGUUACAGUUUCAGAUUGUAGUACAGGGACAUGCACAUUCUAUGCAGUAUACAGUGAGACACAUAGUCAUGAAUCCAAGUGUCACUGUGGUUACAGAACUGUGACUAACAGUAGCUUUUUUUCUAGACAGACAUUUAUGAAAGUUAAUAGGAGUCUUUCAGCCUGGUUAUAAUGUAUUAACCUAGUGAUGGCCGAGUCAAAUUGUCGUUUUUCAAAGGUUUGUGUCCUUUGGCUAAGGACUUACUUCUUCACUUGAAGUCUCUGGGAGUUCAAAAUAUGCGACAUGGUAAGGUUAGAUUUAUUAACCUCUGUGAUGGCAAUAUAACCCCAGUUUUAGGUGCUGAUAAAACAAAAUCCACUGUAAAAAGUGUGGUGCUAGGGUAACAGACAUGGGGAUGACUUGCAAUGGUGCAUGUGUGUGCAUGCACACACUUUUGCAAUAAUAUAUGUCUGUGGUGUUGCUGGCCAAUGCCGGACAUGAUGCUUUUUAAGUUUCACACUUUGCUUCUCUCCUUCUGGGGACCCUUUGAGCAAUAGAAACCUGGGCAGUUCUUACUCCUCUGGACACAGAAGUAUUGAAUCAUGUGCAGGAGCAGAGGUGUCGUGCCUGAUUCAGGAAAGAUUUGGGCAGGGCUCGGGCUGGUGGUGUAGAGCAGUUCCCUGACAGUCACACAGCCUGGACUGGUGGGCACUGCAGGUGCGCCUCACAUUCCCAAAAGCAUUCUAUAGGAUUUGGGCGGGACAAAGUUCCAGGUCAGAUUACUCUGUGCAUAGAGGUACCUGCAUAACAUUUUAUCCACAGAGGUCAGCAGAAGGAGGCCACCAGAUAUCUGGGCUAAUGAGAAAGGAGCUGACUGAGUGGAUGUGGUACAGGUUGGAGGAAAAUGCCUACUGGAGUUGUCCUUUCCAGUGCUCCUUAGGGCUAGUAUGGAGUUAAACCAUUUCUGCCUUAAUUGUUUUCUUCAGGGAGCUGUUAUUUCAUUUGAAAUGAAUAAAAAGUGAAUGAAUUGUAUUAUGGAUAUUAGUCAGAUUAAUCAUUCUACCCAGGGAAAUGCAGUCAUUACUGUUUCUUAGCUUAAAACUUCAGGAAAAAUACUGUGACAGUAUGAACUGUUUUAACAGAGCAGUGUCACUGCUGUUAUGACACAACUGUUCUUAAGUAAAGAUGGAUUUAUGAUCUGAACCCAGAUGGUCAUUAGUCUCAAAACUGAAUUGAAUACUAACUGCAGAGGUGUAUUUUCAUUAUAUUAUCAUAUUAGCCCAAGACACAUCAGCUUCAACAGAUUGCUCAGGAAAAAAUGUGUAUUUGUCACAUUCACAGCUUGUUCUAACCUUUCAAGGUUUAAAAAGCAAACUAUGAUGACAUAUUUGUUUCAAGCUUCAAUAAA